AGAAUUGAGCGUUUUCCAGAUUAUCAGAGAACUGUAGUUUUGAUGUUUAAAUUGAGAGAGUUUUGUUGUAUUACAGUGGUAGCUGCUGGUUCACUUAAUCUCUUGUGAAAACCAUCCAUCAUAAACCCUUAUCUCUUUCAGCUUUCAGGUCAGUAGCUGUUACUACUCAUAAAGGUUCCUGGCGGUUAGUCUCAUCUGCUUUUGGUUCUGAAACAAAAAACUGGAAACUAAAUAGAAUUUGCUAUUGGGUUUCAGGGACCCUAUUGAGACUAAAUGAAUGGAGAAAAAUCAAAACGAUAAUUUCAUGGAACAUCCUAGAGCAAGUAAACAGUACAACUCUGUGGAGCAUGGAAAUGGGGAUUUCUCUCAUGCAACUCAAGCAUUCAUGCGAAAUCCUAUGACCAGCAUAAACAUGAGUAUAAGACUUCCUGAGCCAAAAGGAUCUGAUGUCAAACCUGUACUUAAUUAUUCCAUACAGACUGGUGAGGAGUUUGCUUUUGAAUUUAUGCGGGACCGGUUAAAUCCUAUGAAGCCUUUCAUCCCAAAUUCUCUCGGUGAAUCCAGUUAUGCAACAGGAUAUAUGGAUCUAAAAGGUAUUCUAGGCAUUAGUCGUACCGAGUCUGAAUGUGAGUCUGAUAUGUCAAUGCCUAAUGUAGUAGAGAAAGGUCCAAAGGGGUUUGAAAGAAAAGGCUCUAUACAUGAAAACCAAAGUCGAUAUGGGUCACUUCAAUCAAUGCAACAGACCACCCCGGGCUACGAAAAUGAUAGAGGCCUUUUAUACAUGUCACUUGGUACCUCUGAUGGCACUUCGCCAAAGAUGAAGGUUCUCUGCAGCUUUGGUGGAAAAAUCCUACCUCGACCAAGUGACAGAAAGCUAAGGUAUGUUGGAGGUGAAACACGCAUAAUUCGCAUCAGAAAGGAUAUUUCAUGGCAGGAACUUAAGCAGAAGAUAUUAUCGAUUUAUGACCAAACGGAAGUGAUUAAAUAUCAGCUUCCGGGAGAGGACUUUGAUGCUUUAGUGUCUGUGUCCUCGGAUGAUGAUCUGCAGAAUAUGAUGGAGGAAUGUAACGAGCUUCUAGACAAAGAGGCCUCCCAAAAGCUUAGGAUGUUUCUGUUCUCGCUGAGUGAUUUGGAGGAUACUCAGUUUGGUCUAGGCAACAUGGAUGGUGAUUCUGAGAUUCAGUUUGUGGUAGCCAUCAACGGAAUGGAUGUUGGAACAAGGACAAGCUCUACACUGCAGGGGUUGACAAGCUUUUCUGCUAGCAAUCUAACAGAAUCAGAGGGAAAUAAUAUUGUCAGGGAAACAAGCAGAGUUGCAAGAGAUUCAGUUGUCAUUAGCUCUUCUAACAUUCCUGGUAUUAUGGCGUCAUCGUCAACUUUUCAGUCUUCUCAAUCAGCUCUACCAGGUUCCUCAGGCACCUACGAAACCCGUCCACAGUUCUAUCAUGGUCAGAGGAUGGGGUAUCCAAUGCAGUAUGGUCAUAAUUCUUCUACUUAUUCCAAUAUUGCAGAAUUUUCUAAUUCAGUUCCACCUAAUGGGUUUAUGAAUCAACAUGAACGCUUGACUGAAGUGCAACCAUACAAUGGUCUACAACAACAGAAUAUGCCGAUGCUGGUGACCGAGUUGAAACCCAAACCUGAUGGUUCAGGUAACCGGGGCAAUGACCUUGCAAAAUAUAAUCCUUUGGAAACAGAUCAUGCAGUUUCUCCCCAGCCACAUGAUGGAAAGGUGCUAAAUCAUUUCCCGCAUGAAGAAGUGCAAGUUGUGGUUACUUCACAAGAUGCGUCUCUUUUUACUGUUAAAAAUGAAGUUAAAUUUCAGGAAAAGGAAAAGGUUAUGUCAUAUGCUGAUGCUGUGAAUCAAGUGCCUGUUCCUAAACAGGGUAAUGAUGACCAUCACUCUACUUCUAGUUAUGCUGAUUCUGAUUCUAAUCCCGCUGAUUUAAACUACAUUGAGCCCACUGUACCUCCUCACAAGGUUUAUUAUUCAGAAAGAAUACCUCGGGAGCAGUUAGACAUGCUAAAUCGAUUGUCAAAGUCUGAUGAUUCAUUAGGUUCCCAUUUUCUAUUAGCUCACCCUCAAUCUAAUGUGGCACAGCAGGAUCCAAACACAGAAACUGUUGAAAAUUUAUGCGAUAAUAUUGCUCCCCAAACUGAGAGCUCAGCUGCUAAACCUUCUAAUAUCACUUCCCAUCCUGGUGCUGUUUCUCAGAUAAACUCAAAGCUUGCUGAAGAAGUGUUGGACACAGGUUUGAAGCAAGCAGUUUCAAAUCCCGUGGACAGUAUACAACCUUCAAACAAAGAUGGGGCUCAGGUUGGUUUCCUGAAAGAUAAUCUUCCAGAUGAUAAAUCAUCAGAAACUGGGUUGGGGCUUCCUGUAGCUAGUGAAUCAGCAUUUACUUUGCCCCAUGAUGCCAACUUGACUAGCAAAAACCCUCCAGGGCAUUUUCAGGUUGAUUUGAGGGCGGAGAGUUCAACAAAAGAUGAUUCUAAAGAGAACCUCCAUGGUGGUAUUAUCAGGGCAGAUCAUGGGGACAUUCUUAUUGAUAUUAAUGAUCGAUUUCCUCGUGACUUCCUUUCUGAUAUGUUUUCAAAAGCAAUGCUUUCUGAGGAGUCCUUUGGCGUUGGCCCACUGCAAACGGAUGGAGCUGGCUUGAGCUUGAACAUGGAAAACCAUGAGCCAAAACGCUGGUCAUAUUUUCAGAAGUUGGCUCAAGAUUUUGAAGAAAAAGAUGGUUCCCCCAUCAACCGAGAUCAUAUAUCAGAUCAGUUUACCCCACAGGGUGUAGUUCCUUUGAGCCAAGCUGAUGCUGAUCAAAAUUUUGGUGUAAGCAACCUGAAGGAUGAUCAACCCCAAGUGCAAAUCAGUGAAAGUGUGCAGUUUGAUGCCAUGAUAGAAAACCUAAGAACACCAGAGUCAGAAUAUGAGAAGCCGAAGUCUGAAAAGAGGAAUGUUGGUCUACCUCCUUUGGAUCCUUCUCUAGGAGAUUUUGAUAUCAAUACCUUGCAGCUCAUAAAGAAUGAAGAUCUUGAAGAGUUGAGGGAGCUGGGCUCUGGUACAUUUGGGACUGUAUAUCAUGGCAAUUGGAGGGGAUCAGAUGUUGCUAUCAAGAGAAUAAAAAAGAGCUGCUUCACGGGACGAUCAUCUGAGCAAGAAAGAUUGACCAUUGAAUUUUGGCGGGAAGCUGACAUUCUUUCAAAGCUUCACCAUCCAAAUGUGGUGGCAUUUUAUGGUGUGGUUCAAGAUGGUCCUGGAGGAACAAUGGCUACUGUUACAGAGUUCAUGGUUGAUGGUUCCCUUAGGCAUGUUUUACUUCGCAAGGAUAGGUUGCUUGAUCGCCGAAAGAAGCUCAUAAUUGCUAUGGAUGCAGCAUUUGGGAUGGAAUAUUUGCAUUCAAAAAAUAUUGUGCAUUUUGAUCUGAAAUGUGACAAUUUGCUUGUUAACUUGAAAGAUCCUUCACGACCUAUUUGCAAGGUUGGUGACUUUGGACUGUCUAAAAUCAAACGUAACACCUUAGUUUCGGGUGGUGUUCGGGGGACCCUACCAUGGAUGGCUCCAGAGCUCCUAAAUGGAGGCAGCAAUAAGGUUUCAGAAAAGGUUGAUGUGUUCUCCUUUGGUAUUGUUCUAUGGGAGAUUCUCACUGGGGAAGAGCCUUAUGCCAAUAUGCACUAUGGUGCAAUUAUAGGAGGCAUUGUGAGUAACACACUGAGACCGACAAUUCCAAGCUUUUGUGAUCGUGAAUGGAGAAAAUUGAUGGAACAGUGUUGGUCCCCAAAACCUGCAGCCAGGCCAUCGUUCACAGAAAUUGCCAGUCGAUUGCGUACAAUGUCACAACAAAGCAAGGGUAACAAGGCAUCAAAAUGAUAAUGAUUUCUGAAAAGGGAUACAGUCAUUUCCACAAUAGGUAUUCAUUCAAUUGUGCACACAUUUGAGUAGUAUAUGUAAGUGUACAAUUACUUGGGAAAGGAGAAUCGGGGUAUCCUAAUUGUUUUUUUUGGAACGGAAGGCUACUCUUAUUAAGGAAUAAUAAUGUUAUGGAACAGA